AUGAGGGCUUUGGCGAGGGAAAUGGCAGGGGCUCUACAAGAGUCCAUGGAAAUAUUGAGAGCCAAACAAGUAGCUAGGACCAUUGAGGGGGAGACGAGAACUUCCUUUCUGAAAAAUGAGUUCUUUCGUUCUAAUCCGGCUGAGUACAGUGGUGAGCCCGACCCAAUGAAAGCGGAUGAGUGGUUGGAGCAAAUAGUCAAGUCUUUUGAGAUCCUAGACAUCCAAGAGCAUGAGUUGCGAGUGGCGUUAGCAACCUACGAAUUGAAGGGGGAGGCCGGGGAGCGAUUGAGGAAGCAGUUUGAGCAAUUAUUGCAACUAGAUACACCGGUGGCGGAAUAUGAGACUAAGUUUACUAGCUUAUCCCGCUUUGCACCCGAAUUAGUGGCUACUGAAGAGAGGAAAUGCCUUGAAUUUGAGAAAAGGUUGAGGCCGAAGAUUUUGAUGAAGGUGGUUGGCAACAUGAUCCGUGACUAUGACCGUUUAGUUGAAGUGGCGACUCAUGUAGAGAUCACUGUGGAGCCCAAGGAGGCAAGGCAAAAGUCGAAGAGAUCAGGACAGUCUGAUACCAGGAAUGACACGGGUUCUUCCAAGAGGUCCAGGGGUUCGUCAUCAUCUUGGCAAUCAUCUCCACAACAAGCCAAAUCUUCAAGUUAUAUAUCGGGUGGGAGUUCGGGAAAUAUGCCCCGAGUUACUGGUGCAUGUUAUAGGUGUGGCCAAAUGGGUCACAAGGCUGCGGAGUGUGGAUAG